CUGUUCACCUAGCUCCAAAGUCUGAAAAAAUGAAGGCUCCAGGCAACAUUGAGCGAUGGAAGAUAAGUGCCUCAUUGCUGUGCUGAUACAAUGACUCCUCCGAGCACCAGCAAGAACACAGUUAGAGUCUUAAUGAGUAAACCUUUAGCGGCUAGCGUAGAAUAUCUCAAGCGCAGCGAAGGCAGGGCUAGUAAGCGUAGAAUGGAUGGGUGUCUCUCUGGAAUCGACCGGAUUCCGUAUAUUGACGACCAACGGUGGUACUCAUGUUGACGAAGGCUGCUUCACGUCCUUUGCUGCACUGUUGUACCUGACCAGCCUCUGCGAGUGCUGCGGCCCUGACCUCUGCUUCCGCUCCGUCCAAGGAGAUACAUUAUGCAGGAACUCACUUCAUCUUCCCCUCGAAAAGGCAAAAAACCUGUAGUGUCGGUGAAUGUUAUCAACACCUUACUCGACACUGAGUGGAGGUUAGCUCCGUCCCAGAACACCGUCG